UUGUAAAAAUGCCUGAUGCUGCGGCGAAACCAGCGGCCAAGAAGGGCUCCAAGAAAGCCGCGUCCAAAAUAGCUCCCAAGGGCGGUAAGAGGCGCAGGAAGUCGAGGAAGGAGAGUUACUCCAUCUACAAAGUGAUGAAGCAAGUUCACCCCGACACCGGCAUCUCGUCCAAGGCCAUGAGCAUCACAAACUCAUUCGUCAACGAUAUUUUCGAGCGCAUCACGGGCGAGGCUUCCCACCUGGCCCAUUACAACAAGCGGUCGACCAUCAGCUCCCGGGAGAUCCAGACUGCCGUGCGCCUGCUGCUGCCCGGGGAGCUGGCCAAGCAUGCUGUGUCGGAAGGGACAAAGGUGGUGACCAAGUACACCAGCUCCAAGUAAAGAUACACAAA